AACAAAAUGGCGGACAACGUGGAAAGCAAAAAAUCUGAAGUUGCUGGAAUUCUUCAAGCAAUAGCCCGUCAUAUUAACUGCUUAAGUGAAAACAACCGCAUCACUAAAAAGAAGGCACUCGAAAGUAUCCGCAAGGAAACUUUGGGUAAGAAACCUGCUGUCGAUCCGGAGAUAUUGCAAGGCGUUUUUGAGAGUGUAGUAAAACCACUUUUGAAAUGUUUUGCAGACAACGUUGAGAGAUGCCGAGAGCUAGCCAUCGAUAUCGUGUCUGAUUUCGUGGAUGUUGUCCCGUGCCCCGAGGCCUGUUUACCCUACCUCAUGCCCACCGUGGUCCAACGGCUUGGAAAUCAAGAAAUAGUUGAAUCAUCUGAAGAACUAAGGUUGAGUCUUGUGUGUUUACUUGUAAAAAUUACCAACAUAACAAAGAAGAAACUUGGUCCGUAUCUUGACGAUUUGGUGAAUGUUUUGCAACGAACCAUCGUAGAUCCGUUUCCAGAUGUUCGCAGAGAGAGUUGCAAGUGUACAUGUUUGAUUGCCCGUUUCAUACCUGAGCACUUUCACAUGCAGUCGGAGAGUCUGAUUAAGCCACUUUCAAUAUGCAUUAGCCAUCAACACGCCAAAGUUCGCACGCAGUGCAUUCUAACGAUCGGUGAUGUUCUGCAGUUUGGCAGUCACAAGCCCAUGGAUCAGGUUAUAUCGCAUCUGGCACAGCGAUUAUUUGAUCAGUCACCACAGGUACGGAUGGCGGUGACGGAUGUCGUUGGUGGAUGGUUGUUGGACUUUGUGGAUAGGUACUCAUUCCAUCAUAAGUUAAUUCCAUUGUUACUUUCGAGUCAGACGGAUGAGCUGCCCGAUAUACAGAAUAAGGCUUUCAAACUCUGGGAUGAAAUUGGAGCAAAGUACGCCCAGGAGAAUGAGGAAGAACUUAAAGAUCAGCUGGACUUUGGAAAGAUGGUGGAUUUACCUCUAGGAGAAACAACGAGACCCAACCUCGGAUGUCGCACUUUAAUGUUUCGCAACCUGUCCAAGAUUCUACCAGGACUGCUUAACGACCUCACAGACUGGACGACGUCCAAUCGGAUCAUGUCGGCAAAACUGCUCAGGAUGCUGCUCCUCAACAGCGAGGAUCACACGACGCAGCACAUGGAGAAACUACUGUCUGGAAUGUACAGAGCAUGUGGGGAUGAGGAACGGGAGGUUGUGCAGCAGAUCCUUCUCUCGGCUGAGAUAGUCGGUUUCUUUGUGGAUCCAGAGAUCUAUUGGAAGCUGGUGAACCCCACAGUGCGCAGCGCUCAGAGCCCUGGCGUGUUGAUGACGUUGGCCGGGUUGAUCCGCGGCUCCAAACCGGAGACCCUUCAGCCUCAGCUGAUGAGUGUGUGUCAAGCUUUGGUGGAUCCUGAGGUGUGUCGGAAUGAACAGACAUCUUAUCAGGUUGAACUAUUGUCUUGCAUCCAAGCUAUCCUCGCUACCAGCAAAGAGCAAUGUUCGGAGGUCAGCCUACAGCUAUUUACGACACUCGUAACUCUAUUGGCCUUGGCCAGGGAUGAUGACCUGAAGACCAGGAUCCGGGAAGGCAUCACAUCGCUUGCGAAAAUACAGGGCAUGGAGGACAACAGCGCCCUCUAUAGAGCACAUACCCGUCAGGUUCUGGACUCCUUGAAAGGAAACUACGAGCAGUGGACCAACUUCUCGGUGGAGCGACCCAUCUUUGAUGCACUGCUCACUGAAUCAGGUGUUUUGGUUAGUGAGCUCUUGACGGACAUCAUCCCGGUCAUCCGUGUCAACCUCCACCCUGACAAGGACCCAGAGCUCCGCCUCAAAUUCUUCUCCCUUCUCUCUCGUCUCGUUAUGAAAGCUGGGGAGUCUGAGGGCGCCAGACUGAAAUUCGGAGAUUUCUCAUUGGUGGUUGUGAAGGAGAUGAUUGUACCGAAUUGUGUGUGGCAUGGUGGGAGGACGGCUACCGCGAUUCGGACCACGGCUAUCUCGUGCCUUUGGGCGCUGCUUCAAAGUGGCCUUCUAACAGCUGAGCAAGUAAGCAGUGUAAUAGGAGAACUUCAGACUCAACUAACAUCCCUCCUGGAAGACGGCAGCCGCUCUACCCGCCUCAUCACCUGCCGUGUCAUCCAGAGAAUCCUCGCCCUUUGCGGAUCGACCUUUGACCCCGACCGCCUCCACACAAUGUACAUGGAGCUCCUGAAGCGAAUGGAUGACAGCAGUAACGAGAUACGCAUCGCCGUGGCCAAGACGUUUGAGACCUUCUUCAAGUGCUUCCCUGAGGAUUACGACAAGGGGUUGUACAAGGCCCACCUUGAGACUCUCUACAGAGGGCUGCUGAUCCAUCUUGACGAUCCGGAUUCUAACAUCCAACAGGCUGUUCUUGACGUCCUGAAGCAAGCGGCACCCCUUCAUCCUCAUCUUCUCCUUGAAGAGGUCGAGAUGGUUCGACACAAACAUCGGAGCUUCUUAUUCUGUGAUGAGCUCAUCCAGCAUGUCAAGACCCUUACUGGAUGAUCCAAUUCCUUGAAGUGAAAUUACACCAUUGGUUUGGGGAAGACAUCAUGCGGUCAACAUCUUCUAUGGUCAACAUCUUCUAUGUUGAGUAGCGCCCUCAGCCUAUAACUUCUUGGUAUUUUCGAGAGAAUCGCCCCUGUCCUUCAUGCAUUUAGAUAUUUCAUCUGUAAUUCAGGGUCUAUGUUUUGAGUAGAGUAACACUCUUAUUUCUUCUAUGUUGAGUGGUGCCCUCGGCCGAUAAUUUCACGAGAGAAGUGUCCCCAUAUCUCUCUGUCUUUCAUGCAUGUAGAUAUUUCAUCUGAUGUCACAAAGCCAGAGCGCUGGCGUAAUAUGUCCACAUAGAUCAUGUGGCCUGAACCUCUUUGGGCUUGACAAACAUAGUUUAAAGGAUUAUGGUACUUUUUGUAACACAAAACACAAUGUCCACAGAUUUACAUUAAACUUUCACCGUUUGAAGAUAAUGA